AUGAAUGUUUCAAAUAUAUCUAGGAUACCCUUUUCAUAAUUUAUAAUUUCAUAACUUUUAACAAAAGACUUGUUUCUUGAAUUAAAACAAAUAAAGAGAUCCCCAAUCAUUAUCCUAUAAUUAAUGGUAUCAAUGUUUUUGAUUAUAUAUUCCUACAUCCAAAUUCAAUUAGAUAUUGAACAUCCUUAAUUAUUGAUAAGUUUCUUUAUAACAUUAUAUUGUUGUACUAUCUCUUUUAAGCCUUAUCAAUCCUAAAUUAAUGUAUUAAUAACUGAAAUAACCAAUACAAAUAAACCUGAUAAUCUUAAAUUUAAUAAGAAUGCAUCUUAAUUUGAUUUAGAUUAGAAUCUAAAUUCAGCAUGUCUAAGAGAAACAGUAAUAAAUGACUCAACUAUAUUAGAAACAACAUUUCAUUGUUUAUAAUAUUUAAAUGAAGGUUUGAUUAUUUUGGGUACUGAAUCUGAAAAUCCUAAUUUUCCAUAUUCACUUAAAUACAUUAAUUAUGCAACAAAAACUAUAUUUGGAAGAGAUACAGAAUGUGAAAUUUUAAAUUUAUUAGAAAAUCUUACUAUAUUUACUGGAAGUGAAAAUGGUGAUGGUUUGUAAUUUACAUAAUAAUUGUAAAAUAGACCUUCAUAUUAUUGUUUAAAAUAAAUUGAAAUAAAAGAUUAACAUAUAUCAUAACAUAAAAAUUCAAAUUAAGAUUCAUUAAAUGAUUAAAUACAUAAAUACUAAUUUAAAUAAGUAUUAGAAAUGUUAUUUAAAUCAUCUAAUUAUGAAUGUUUAAUUGUUUAAACUAAUUUAUAAUAGAGAUUUUCAGCUACAAUAAAUUAAUUAUAAUAAACUUCAUAAACUUAGAUUAAUAGUGAUAAUUAUUAAUUAAUUGAAUUAACAUUAACUCUUAAUAAAAAUAAUAUAAUUAUCAUAUGUAGAGAUGUUACUCAUAGAUAAAAAAUAAGAUAUUUAAAAGAAUAUGAUAAAUAAAAAUCAAAAAUGUUAGCUUUUGUUAGUCAUGAAUAUAGAUCACCAUUAAAUUGUAUUAUUUAAAUGUUAGAAUGUAUUAUGAAUGAUUAGACAAUUUAAGAUAAUUAAGAUUUGACAGAAUAAUUAUAAGUUGCAUUAGAUAAUUCAAAUUAUAUUCUAAAUUUAUCAAAUGAUUUAUUAGAUUUGGCAUAAAUUAAAAAUGGAAAAUUUAGAAUUGACAAAGUACCUUUUAAUUUAGAAACAUUAAUUUAAGAAUGUAUGAAAAUGUUUGAAUUAAAAGCUAAAAUGAAAAAAGUUCAAUUAAUAUUUAAUCUUGCUAAUUAAAUACCAAAAGUUGUUUUUUCUGAUAGAUGUAGAAUAAAAUAAAUAAUUAUUAAUUUAUUAAGUAAUGCAUUCAAAUUUACUUAAAAUGGGAAAAUAUUUAUUAAUGUUUAAAAAGUUAAUUCAAAUAUGAUAAGGAUAGGAAUUAUGGAUGAAGGAAUUGGAAUUUCAGAUGAAGAUUAGAUGACAUUGUUUAAAGCAUUUUAAAAAGUUAAUUCAGAAGAAAGCAAAAAAUUAAAUUAAUAAGGUGUUGGUUUAGGUUUAGUUAUUAGUAAUCAAAUAGCAUAAACUAUAGGUUCUACUGGAUUAAAUCUUGAAUCAAGUAAUUAAAAAGAUAAUCAUUAUUCAUAUUUUUAUUUUGAUUUACCUUUAGAAUAACCACUUAGAAAAAAAGUAUCUAGUUUUAAGAUUCCUGAAAUUUCAAUAUAAAUUUAAGAAGUAGAAGAAAUAGCUAGUUUUAAAUAUAUAUAAUCUCAUAUUAAAGAAGAUUGGUCAACAUAAUAAAUAUGUUUGCAUUAUUUAAUAGUAGAUGAUGACUGUUUUAAUAUAUUUGCAAUGAGAAGAUUAUUUUAAUAAUUAUAAAAAAACAAAAAAUAUUUAUUUUAGAAUGAAUUUGAUGUUGAUUCAGCUUUAUCUGGAUAAGAAUGUAUUGAAAAAAUAAAAAAUAAAAAAUGCAGUAAUUCUUGUUAAGGAUACAAAAUUGUAUUUAUGGAUAUAGAAAUGCCAUUAAUGAAUGGUUAAGAAACUACAAAGAGAAUAUUAAGUAAUUAUCCUAAUUAUGUAAUUAUUGGAUGUAGUGGUUAUUCGGAUCAAUAAGAAAAUGAAAAAUGUAUUAAUAGUGGAAUGUCUGAUUUCUUAAUUAAACCAAUAAAUGAAACUUAAUUAAUUUAGAUAAUUAAAAAGUUUCAUUGA